AUGCUAGGACUUGCUGCAUACGAUAGUAGCAGCGAGGAGGAGGUAGAGGUCAAGGCACCAAAGCCAACACAGCUCCCCAAAGCGCAUGUCGUGGAAGACUCGCAAAUUCAGAUCAAGUUCCAGCCCCCGCCCAACAGAAUCCAAUCACAGCCCCCCCUAGAAGCCCCGAGUGGUCCAGUACUCGGCCCGUCAUCUAUGCACACAGCCGCUUCUCCAGAAGAACCGUCCACAGGCGGCCGUACUUCACCAUUUUCAUCAUCGCGAGCAUUGAUCCAGGACAUGACUCUUCCACCUGUGCCCAACCUGGACAUUCCACCAUCUCCACCAGGAUCCCCAGACCCAGCUGCCAACGCCAAGUUUGAACACUUCCUCUCUCUCAAGAAACAAGGCGUUCACUUCAAUACAAAACUUGCUAGCUCGUCCUCGCUGAAGAAUCCAAGCCUUCUGAUGAAAAUGAUGGCGCACGCGGGGAUUGAUGAGCAGUCUCAAUAUGAUACUUCUCUACCGCCAGAUGUGUGGACUACCUCUGACCUGCCAUCUUGGGCAGUCAAGGAAGAACUUUUCCGGUCUCAGCAGAGAUAUAAGCGAAAGAUGGGCGAGCAGGUUGGACAGAGAUCUUCUGUUGAAUUUGUCUCGGGCUCUGACGCUAAAAGAAAGGGCAACCCAUGA